UUUUGUAGAAGAAGAACUGUAUGUUUGACUUAAAUCAAAACAAAUGUCGUUCAAAAUUUAAAGUAGUGUUUUCAAUUUAUUAAUUUUAUUGCAUAAAACUUUAUUUAUCAUGCAGUUUAUAUAUUUUUUACCAAUUGUUUUAUUCCUCCAUUUACACUCAUCGUCAGCCAAAACUACUGCACCCGUAUUUCAAUUAGAGGAAGGCAGAACCGACAGAUUUCAUCCGCAUUUUUCAAAGCAUUUGACUAUAUUUUGUUAUGAUAGUAAACCAAAAUACAUAAUACAUCUUUGGCAAAGUGUUUUACUAAAAAUAAACCAUCCAAAUUCCGAUUAUGUACGUUAUGAUGGUUCAACUCCUGAGGAAGUUGAGUGGAAGUAUAUGAACAAACAAUAUAGUUGGACAUUCAACUUUUUUACAAAAGAUAAAAAUAUAAAAUUAAAUCCAUUUAAUGAUACAUGUGUUGGACUAGAAACAAAACAUGAAUAUGAUAUUAGUCUACAUGUCAUUAGAAUUGAUUUAUGGAAGUUAUUGUAUUUAGCAUGUGGAAUUCUGUUGUACUUAUCUGCUAACAAGCUUAGUACAAAUGCUUUGUUUUACUAUUCUUGUGGAAUUCUUGUUGGAAUUUGUGCAUCUUUUUUGGUAUUGAUCUACUUGUUGAGUAAAAUUAUUCCCAGGAAACCAUUGAUGUAUGGAGUUAUUGGUUGUGGAUGGACAGUUGUAUUGUAUUUGACCCAGAUUCUCUGGGACAAUUUAAGAAUGGUUAUUGAAAAUUACAGAGAAUAUUUACUUGGUUAUACAUUAAUUACAGGCUUAAUUAGUUUUAUAUUGUGUUAUCGUUGGGGACCAGUCCAAGAUGAUAGAACUAAAAACUUAAUAAAAUGGACCUUACAAAUAAUUGGUUUGACUUUGGUGUUCUUUAGCAGUCAUUUCCAGGAAGCUGCCAUGGGACAAAUAGUAUUAUUGGUUCUAUUCCAUUAUAUUCCUAAAAAAUGGUUGUCUGCACCAAAGUCAUAUUGGGUCAGAAGAUUUCCACCUAAAGUUAAACUUUUAACCAAUGAUCAGUAUUAUGAAGAAGGUGUAAGGGAAACUAAGAAAGCUUUAGAAGAAUUAAGACAAUAUUGCUCAAGUCCAGAGUGUAACCAAUGGAAAAUGGCUUUGAAACUUCAAAACGUAAAACGUUUAAACAAAUUCAUAUUGAAUAGAACUGACUAAAUUAAUAUUUGCAUCUUUCAUCGAAGGAAAUUCACAUUUGAGUGAUGAAGAAAUUUUAGAAUAUGAAACGUCCAUUCACGGGGAACUAACAGAUGAAGAGUACGAUGACGAUCUUACGGAUGAAGAUGAAGACUGAUUAUUUUAAGAGUUAAAUAUUUAUUUUCAAACUUUGUAUAUAAAAUUGUUAUUGUGAAUAUAAAAUUGUAAAAAAAUUGA